GCGGUCUACGAUGUUGGGAGGGAGAAAGAGGGAAGUAAUGUUAGUGACACACGGACGGGAGGACAGUAGCUACUAGCUACUGUAGCCUUGUUCUUCGAACAUUUAACGUUUCCCCCUCAUGAAUAACGACCCACUUUUUUUAUUCUUGGAGCAGGCAGGAUGGCAUCACAGGAGGGGGAGGAGCCUCCUCUAAACGGAGGUCGAUCAGAUAGCCGUCUGAAAAGCAAGAAGCCGCCCAGCCUUGUAAUAGCCAUCCCUCCUCGGGAGGAGAUGACGUCCCACGAUCCAUCUAAACAGCCACUACGUCCGUCCUUAAAGAAAAGCGCCAGCGGUCAAGCUUCCGAUUCUGUGACCGAGAACCUCUUUGGAACCAAAGAAGGAGCAGGAGAUGGAGGCUUCUCAUUCCGAGACAGGAGGGCAAAGUUUGGAAGACAAGCGUCGCUCUCGCAAAGCAUCCGCAAGAACACAGCCCAGUGGUUCGGGGUUGGGGAGGACUGUGAGACCAAGCAGCAAGUAUGGCAGAGGAAGAGCCUCCGCCAUUGCAGCCAGCGCUACGGCAAGCUGAAGGCCCAGUAUAGAGAGUCCGAAGCGUCCUGCAGCCUGGACCAGGGCCCGGACUCACCAGCAGCACAAAAGAUGCCCAAGAUCGUAGAUCCCCUGGCACGGGGGCGGGCCUUCCGUUGCCCUGAUGAGAUGGACGCUCGCUCCCCCAGGACGCCACACACGGCUGAAGGGGGGCCCUUCACACCAGGUUUCAACUCGCUCAGCUCCUUCACCAGCCAACGCUCCGGAUACUCCCGCUUCCCCAAGCGUAAGAGGGAGUCUGUCGCCCGCAUGAGCAUCCGAGCUGCAUCCAACCUGCUGCGGGGCCAUAGCGGCUUGGCAGGAUCCCAGACUGGUCGCAGUUUCCCCAAGAGGAGCUUCGCCCAGCCCAGCUGGAUGGACGAGGACACCGUGGACUCUGCGGACACUUCCAAGUCGCUCUUCUUCAGCAAGGUUGAUGCCCAUGAUGAGUUGUACUCAAUGGCUGAUGACGUAUUUGAAUCGCCUCCCAUGUCUGCAGCUUUUGCUCCCAGCGAGCAGCCUGACCAGAAGUUUCCAAGCCUUAAGGACGUCUGUCGAACGCCCAGGACACCAACAGCAGGGCCCGAGAAAAGCCAUCCCCGCCGGGGUGGUCGCAUCGCCUCCCAAGUCAAGCACUUUGCAUUCGACAAACGCAAGCGGCAGUACGGCAUGGGCGUCGUGGGGAAGUGGCUAAACCGGCACUACAGACGCAGCCUCAGCAGCAACGUCCAGAAGCAGCUGGAUGACUUCCACAGCCACAGGCCCUACUUUUCCUACUGGAUCACGUUUGUCCAUGUAGUAAUCACUUUGCUGGCCUGUUGCACAUACGGUUUUGCCCCUGUGGGGUUUGCACAACAUUCUACGACUGAACUGGUGCUGAAGAAUAAAGGUAUUUAUGAGAGUGUCAAGCAUAUCCAACAGGAGAACUUCUGGAUUGGUCCCAGCUCUGAUGACCUAAUCCACCUGGGGGCCAAGUUCUCCCCGUGCAUUCGUCAGGACACACAAAUAGUCAGUCUGAUCCAGAGGGCCAAAGAUCUGGAGAGAGAGUCCGGCUGCUGCGUUCAGAAUGACAACUCGGGAUGCGUGCAGACCCUCAGCUUCGACUGCUCCGAGACGCUGGCGACCUUUAUUAAAUGGACGAAUGAGCAUGUGGACACAAACAGGUCCUCCGGUUCCGUCUGUCACCAGGAUCCCAGAGUGUGUGAAGAACCUGCCUCUGCAGAGCCUCAUAUAUGGUCGGAUGACAUUACCCACUGGCCGGUGUGUACCUUUCCCAAGAGGUGGAACCACACAGGUUACAGACACAUGGACUGUAACAUCAAGGGACGGCCGUGCUGCAUAGGAACCAAGGGCAGAUGUGAGAUCACAACCAGAGAGUAUUGCUCUUUCAUGCAUGGCUACUUCCACGAGGAGGCCACACUCUGCUCACAGGUCCACUGUCUGGACGAGGUGUGCGGCUUGUUGCCGUUCCUUAACCCCGAUGUUCCAGAUCAGUUCUACCGUCUGUGGCUGUCUCUCUUCCUCCAUGCUGGGUUGUUGCACUGUCUGGUGUCGGUCGUAUUCCAGAUGACCAUCAUGAGAGACCUGGAGAAGCUGGCUGGUUGGGUGCGGAUCUCCAUCAUCUAUGUCCUCAGUGGUAUCACGGGAAACCUCGCCUCUGCCCUGUUCCUCCCCUACAGAGCUGAGGUCGGUCCGGCCGGCUCUCAGUUCGGCCUCCUCGCUUGCCUGUUUGUCGAGCUGUUUCAAGGUUGGCAGAUGCUGCAGAAGCCAUGGAAAGCCUUCCUCAAGCUGUUGGGCAUCGUCCUCUUCCUCUUCCUGUGCGGCCUCCUGCCGUGGAUCGACAACAUCGCCCACAUCUUCGGCUUCCUCAGCGGCAUGCUGCUCUCUUUCGCCUUCCUACCUUACGUCACCUUCGGGAACUUCGACAAGUACCGGAAGCGCAUCCUCAUCGCUGUCUCGAUGUUGGCCUACAUCGGGCUGUUCUCCUCGCUCAUUGUUUGGUUUUACUUCUACCCAAUUAACUGGCACUGGCUGGAGCAUCUCACCUGCCUGCCCUUCACAAGCAAGUUCUGUGAACGGUACGACAUAGACCACGACAUCAACGACGUGGUGCACUAAUCUCCAGGCUGCUGAUGAGCGUGAUGCUGAGCUGCUGUCUUCCAGCCAGUGAUCAGGUCAGCUGGUUCCAGGUCAACUCAGUGGCCUUUUAAGAAUGCUUUUGUAUUAUUUGCUUAUCAAAGGACCUGAUCAAAGUCCACGUGAAUGAAGCUGAAUCAGUCUCUUCUGUUCAGCCUAACCUCGAUAAAACAAUACUCAUACUUUUUAAUCGUCGGUCAAGUGUGGCACCCGCCAGCAUUUCCAUUUGCUAAUGGGCCGGAGAUACUCAGGACGGCGAAACUGCAAAAAGCAGGUUGGACCUGAAGAAAAUGAUCUACAUAGCAAGAGACUUACAUGUUCCUUCUGCUCAAAGCCCCAUAAAUCUAAAGAGGCCCAAUGAAUCGCUUCGGGCCAGCAGUUGGUUUUCCCUUUAACCGUGUACAGGACAAACAGCUGAGAUCAAAAGGAGGACUGAUGCUGUGGUGGGUCAUUGCGUUUUCGGUGGCCCAGUGAUCUGAGAUACGUCCGAUGCCUCCUUCCACUCAUUCACAUUGUUUGUACACACUUGAGUUCAACACCACACACGCUGCCAUUCAGUCCCACUGCUUCCGUCUGUUUUAAACAGUCGUGAACCUGUACAGCUGAAAUACUUAAUAAUUGAAAUAAGUGAAAUGGCAGUGGUUUAGUAAGCCGAGCUGCCUUAAACAGACAAAGAUGCCUCAUUUUAUUUUUUCAUAAAGGUCGUGACCGACUCUCAGUAAGCUGAUGAGUACCAUAGAAAGCAGCCACAUGUGCUGCUUGCAUAUAUGCAUGUUGUCCUUGCCAAUCACUCCUGUUUUCUGUACACCACUGCUACAAAUCAAGGAUCCCAGCGUCUAGGGUAUAGUAAGUGUGAGCUCUUUUAAGGAAACCUUUAUACUGUGCCUUCUAACAUGCAAGGGUUUGAUCUGAAGUCACUUCUCCAGUCAGGAUUGUCCAUGCUCCAGUGUCACUGCGGAGUUCGCAUGGGGACCAAAUCAUUUCCCUUUUUUCUAUUUAUUGGAAUAAAAGGUUUCAAAUACA